GAGAGCAGCAGCAGGACCACGGAAGGGCGGUACAAGUGCCACGAACAACCAUUACCCGGCCGGUUUUGCUGCGAUAAUACCGUCAUCGACUGCCCAUCAGAUACGCCGCAAUAAGAAACAAUUCGUUGAGACUGCGCGCUUGGCGUGCAUAGUGUCGAGGAAAUGAGAGUGGUGGAUGAAGAUACGCAGCCUCUGCACAGACGGCUACAGGCGCAGCGGCAGCAGCAACGGAGAUCAAGCACUUCGUUGACAUCGAACCUCGUGCGUCUUCUUGGUGCGGUGUUGGUGGUGGUUUAUCUUUGCGUCGUCGUCAUGAUCUUCAAGUAUUUGACCUCCGAGUACCACAGGGCGAGCAUAGUCAAAAUCAGUGAGGAGACGGACGUCAGCGAUUGCAUCUUGCUCUACGGGGCGUUUUGCAACGGCAAUAUGGGCGACGUGAUCCAGCCGCAAGCGAUGGAGAAUCUCCUCGCCAUGCUUGUGCCGGAGCAGUGCUUUUGGUACGCCCACCCGUGGGGGGAGUACCACAUGCGGGGCCAUCGACUUGGGGAGUUCUUCAGCGGAAACAUCAGCGGCAACUACGACACUUUGAUACCCCUGACGGCCGGCCAUGCUCAAGAGGUGAAUCGGUUUGAGGCUAUCAUCAUCGGCGGUGGCGGGAUCUUUGCCGCCAAACACUCUCCGCUAUGGGUGGACGAUUUUGCGAAAGGCCUUACUGUGCCUAUCAUCAUCAUGGGCGUCGGGGCGAGCAACGUCGCGAACCACUACAAGGUCCUGGUCGACAAGGCUGCCUUCGUGUCCGGGAGGGAUGAGCGAUCGAUUGGCGCCUUCACCAGCCUGUUGCAAAAGAGCGGGGAUAGAUCCUUGUUGAAACCGAAGGAUGUCGCCCUCGUGAGGGAUCCGGUGUUGAGCAACAAGAUGUUGACGGACACCGACGGCACGUGCUGGAGACAAAGCCAAGGCGAGUUCCAGCCGCUUUGCUUUAUCCUGCCUGCCGCGAACACCGGAGUUCUCAUGGCGAUGCACCAGCACCUCCUGGACAACGUCGUCCAACGCGGAGACGUCUUCGUUAACGUUUUCCCCAAGCACCAGGACGAGAUCGUCAAGAACUUCGACUACCCGGGCAAGGUUCACCAAAUGCUCGAUCCCAACGAGUACUCGAGGCGCUUGUGUGCCUGCAAGGCCAUCAUCUCGACCAGGCUUCACGGGGCCAUCCUGGGGCUCCACAUGGGGGUUCCGACCUUCGGAAUGUUCCGCGUACCGGAGGGAAACAAGGUCCCUGACUUGAUGAUCGACGUCAUGCAACUGCCGGACCAGUUCUUCGUUAUCAACGAGACGCUAUCUCGAGGCUUCGUGGACGAGAGAGUUGAAACCGUCGUGGGACUGUACAACGACAUCCACCGAGGGCACCGCGCCUCCAUUCACGCCAAGCUGGCGUCGUUCACGGACGAUUUCCUGGUUCACGCACGCCACGUACUGUUCGACGUUAUCGGUGUGCAAGAUCCAAGCAAGAACACCCAGAGCAAAGAUGAUGGGUUUCUUCUGAAUGAGAACCAGCACCGGCGCCGAAGAAACAGCGCAAAGAGAAGGAAAACACAGGGAGAGGCUGGCCCGGCAUGACUGACCAUCAGUAGCAGCGACGGCCGCGGUUUCGGCAACGGCGAAACGGGAACGUUAGUAUCGAUAGCGGCCGCGGCGAGAACUGCGAUGGAGGUACUUGCCUCCUGCGCAGGACAGUGAGUGGCGGUGGCCGUGCGCAAAAUCAUGCUUUGGAUCACGCUGGUGACAUGGCACCUCAAAGGGUAAGGUGGCCCGCCCCCCUCGCCGAUGUUGUAAUAACAGAACUGGAAUUGAUGUUGUUAAAUUACCGCUGUUAAUCGCGAAAGGGCACCACUUGAGAAAACCUGUUGCAUAUCGUGGAUGACAUCCAUUCAGCCGCAGCUUACCGAAGGAGCGCGGUGAAACACAGCGAACUUGCGGGGGUAGACGAAGUAUCAUUAAGUUGAGCAGCUGACAUUCUAAGUGCAGAAGCAGGAGCAGUCACGUCACGCGAAAGUAGCGUGGAGAAUACUGUUUUUGGUAGCCUGACGUUAAGGCGAGCAUGAUGGCGCGUGUUCCUGUAUUGUGUCCGACCCCAAAUGUGAAAUGGUAGCUUCCACCUAUCUAUGGAGUCACGAAUUCAAAUUCUCAAGACAAUGGGGCGGCAAACAUGGUUGGUGCCGUCCUGUGAAUGUUGCAUCGCUUUAGCCAGCCGUGACAGGGUACGAUCGGUCGGUGCUUGGCUUGGAAUAGCCGUGCCUCACUCAAACGGAGGGACGAAAUCAUGUACAUAGGCUCACCAAUUGCGUUGCCUUGUUUGCCUAUGACUGAUUUUGGCACCGGCCGCCGAUCAGCACUGCGUGAGUGAUCCAAGUCUUAGAUAGUGUAGUUAACGGUUGUUUUUUUUUUUCCGUCUGUGUGGCCCUGGCAAAGGUCGAACGUUCUUGGGGUGCCUGCUGAUUGAUUGCGUUGUUUGGAGCGUUGAGGAAGGACUACAUCCAUUUGCCGGUAGUUGGUAGAGUGCAUGUUGCUGUAAAUUCCAUCCGUUUCCCGGCAUUCUGCGUGGUGAAUCUGUCGGGGAUUGGUGGUGUGACGUUGAUUGACGCAUAUCUCAGACUGCAAGACACGCCAGAAUGAAAAUUCCCUUGUGUUGUACAAUACACGAGACGGAGCGCUCCCGUGCGUGUGUGUAGUCGUGCACUACGAAGGGCACUUGCUGUAACGAUUGCAGAAUACUGUUUCCAUGUGGUGAGUUGCAUGGUACUUGAAACUGGGGAAUUUUCCAGUUGGCGUAGCGAGCAACAACACCAUAUAACGCGGCGUCCACAGCUGGAACAAGAUAGACCGAUCAACGUUGUUGGCGACGAGGUUCUUACUUGAGUGGUCCCGGGUGUCAUAGGCUUCCCAGGAUGGUGCUUGGUGUCACCGUUUAUGAGGCUCUCAGCGGACUGUAGCGACGAUUCCCUUCGCGAUGUUUUUGACCCGAAGGCCGUGGGAAGUCCAACAUAACAACAACAA